UCCACUUUUUCCGAAGCGCUUUUCCACCGGUGGCAAGGUGAAUCUGUUCCAGCACACCAUGUCAUCGAUCUCGGCGCAGGGCGUGGUCGAGAGAGCCUCCGCCGAAUUGUCGAAACGAAUCAACGGGCUGGGGCUGCGCUCGAAGCACCACCACAGUGGCUCCGGAAGUGGUGCAGCCGGGGACACGGCCACCGCACCGGGAACCACGCCCACACCACCGACAUCCAGCGGCAAGACGUCGGUGAUGGAGCGGGUAACGAACGCACUCUGCGGCGGAGGCAACUCCAACUCCAACUCCGGAUCGGGAUCGAAUGCCGCCAAUAGCAACUCCUCCUCGCCGGCAGCUGCCGCUGCCACUGCUUCGCCUGCCAGCAAUGCAAAUCCUCCCCAGACGCCCGACAAGCCCUCCAGGGGCAGUAGCCCCAGUCCCGGAGGCAUUGCCAUUCCCAGUGGCCAGCCGCAGGUGUCCAACUCCACACACCACCUCCUGCAGCAGCAGCAGCAGCAGCAGCAGCAGCAACUGCAACUGCAGCAGUCGCAGCAGCAACAUCUUCAGCUGCAGGCCUCCACGCUGAUCAACUCGAACCACCACGUGAUGGUGGGUCCAGCCCCGCCCACAGGCAUGCCCCUGGGAGCACCACCCACGCCCACAGUAAAGUCCAUUGCCAAGCAGAUGAACAUAACCAUACCGGGCGGCGGAGUCGGACCGGGUUCGCCCACCUUCAGCACCAUGGGCAUGGUGGCGGCACAGAAGGCGGCCGCUGGCGGUGGCGGCGGCGGCAGCGGUGGUACCCCUCUGCAGCUGAGGAAGCAGCUGCCCAAUCCUCACCUGCAUCACCCGUACGGGAACAUGGCGGUGAACCAGUCACCGCUGAUCAUGCAGCACCAGCUCCACCCGCCGCCCAUCCACAGCAUCGAGCUGCUGAUGCUGGACGACCGCUUUCUGAGCCGCUUCUUCCAGUACUUCUCGCCCUACGAGCGCCGCAUCCUGGCCCAGGUGUGCAUCAAGUGGCGGGACACACUGUACCGCAGUCCGCGCUACUGGAGCGGCCUGCUGCCCACGCUGCAGUGCCGCGAACUCCGCCAGAUGCCGGGCUGUGAUCGCGGCAAGCUGUACAACUCGCUCAUUCGUCGGGGAUUUCACGCUUUAGGUUUGGUGGGUGCCUCCGAUGAGGAUGCCCUGGAUGUGGUCCACUCCUUCCCGCUCGCCUCCAAGCACGUCCAUUCGCUCAGCCUGCGCUGCUCCUCGAUCAGCGACAGAGGACUGGAGACGCUCCUGGACCAUUUGCAGAGUUUGUUUGAACUGGAGCUGGCUGGCUGCAAUGAGGUGACCGAGGCGGGUCUGUGGGCGUGUCUUACGCCCCGCAUCGUGUCCCUCUCCCUGGCGGACUGCAUCAAUAUUGCGGAUGAGGCGGUGGGCGCGGUGGCCCAGCUGCUGCCCUCCCUCUACGAGUUCUCGCUGCAGGCUUACCAUGUCACGGAUGCGGCGCUAGGCUACUUCUCGCCGAAGCAGAGCCACAGCCUCAGCAUAUUGCGACUGCAGUCGUGCUGGGAACUAACCAACCAUGGCAUCGUUAAUAUCGUGCACUCCCUGCCCCAUCUGACGGUACUAAGCCUGUCCGGAUGCAGCAAGCUGACGGACGACGGAGUGGAGCUGAUUGCCGAGAAUCUGCAGAAGCUGCGCGCCCUGGACCUGUCCUGGUGUCCCCGCAUUACGGACGCCUCGCUCGAGUAUAUCGCCUGUGAUCUGAACCAGCUGGAGGAGCUGACGCUGGAUAGAUGCGUGCACAUAACAGACAUCGGCGUUGGGUAUAUCUCCACGAUGCUGUCCCUAACCGCCCUCUUCCUGCGCUGGUGCUCCCAGGUGCGUGACUUUGGGCUGCAGCACCUGUGCUCAAUGCGCAACCUGCAGGUGCUAUCUUUGGCCGGCUGCCCGCUACUGACCUCUUCGGGUCUGUCCAGCCUGAUCCAGCUGCGGCACCUGCAGGAGCUGGAGCUGACCAACUGCCCGGGGGCGUCGCAUGAGCUGUUCGACUACUUGAAGGAGCACCUGCCUCGCUGCCUGAUCAUCGAAUAAUCGAUGUUGGACGGCGGCCCUAUCUCUUUAGAACCCGGACAAUGGACGACACUGAUUUUGGUUUGAGUUCGGUGUAUGAUUAUUUGGUACACUUAGCCUCCAGGCGGCAAGUUCCUCGCGUGCUAUGUGACUUUAACUUUCCGUCAACACUGUACUCACUACUCUCUAUCCCUUAUAGUUUUAGACUUUUUAUGAUUUCUGCUGUGAUUUGAUAUGGAACUUAGUUAAGUUGAUCUGUUUAAGACGAUGUACCACAAAAGACCCGAAGAUGAUAUUUAUUUACACGCAAUGCAAUAUGUCUAAUAU